AUGUGCGGCUGCCACAGGUUAACCGCUGAACCGUCGAUUAUUAUCGCACAUCCGUCUGAUAAUCUACGGACUGGCCUUGCGAUCCUGAAGACUUUGGCCCAAACCCAAAUCAGGGACCAGUAUAAGCUUCACUCAGCGACUCGGUUUCAAAUAUACCUCUCCCUCAGGCCCACGUUUGAGUAUCUUGCAUCCCCUUCCGAUAAUCUCAGUAUCUGCUUCAAGAGUCCCUAUCUUUCUGGUGCUGUCCUCGCUUCAGGAGACAAUUGUGAUAGUGUCAGCACCAUCACUUGCGGUAUCCGAUUUUCCAAUACCGAUGACACAAUCUUUGCGCUGACGCCUGCCCAUGCUUUAAAACAGAAUGGGCAAGGCAAUGAAAAGAAAAUCCAGAAGGGUACAUCUAGCUUGCAGUCUAUGCCAAGCGAACCGCAAGCAACAUGUGUGUUGGCCGAUGUGGAGUACGACAUGGCCGAACUCAGGCAGCUCGAGAAAGACUCAGCUGAAGCUAUCGUGCACCGUGAGUAUAAAUCGAAGCCGGCGAAAAAGCAUGGCGAUGGCUAUGUGCAGAUUCCUGGAACUCGAGUUAUAACGCCGAGCCGAGCCUGGGGGCGACUAGUCCAGCCUAAUUCUCCCAAUCUUGACUGGACUUUGGUAGAAAUCAACCCAAGCCAUGGACUUACAGCAGCUGACGACGCACGCCAAAUAUUUGAUUUGGGUGACGAGAAGCGUGCGGUGCAGGUCAUAACAACUAGGGGCCCGCUACAAGGUACGAUUCGCAGGACACUUACCUUUAUCACCAAUUCCGGUAGCGACAGCCCCUUAUGUGAGGUUUGGACUGUUACCGUGGCAGGGCUAGGUGAUGGAGAUGUACGGAUGGGAGACAGCGGGUCUCUUGUCAUCGACUCCAUCACAGGUCAACCGUGCGGGUAUGUUAUCGCGGUCAAUCGCCUUCAACAACUAUACGUGGUGCCACUAUGCUUGAUGCUGCAGCAGAUUGCGGAAAUGGUGUCUAUUCCAAAUGUCAAACCAGAAGUCUUCUUGAACCUCGAGCCGAACUGGAGACCCAUACAAGCUCAGGGACCUGUCUUUAGGGUGCUCAUGACUUACUUUUCCCAACCUUGGUCGCGGACCAGGAUAGGAGAGCCCCGACCCGCUUGGCUGCGCAAACUUCGCGCAAAAUGUGCUGGAGGAUGGAAUUAUAUCGAAAUGGGAAUCCGCGGCCUUUUUUCUCCGUCAACUGCCAAACCUUCAACGUACCAUGGCUUGAAAUGUCAUAACCAGUGCGACGUAUUUAGCGAGUACGAUGUCCAGUAUCCUUUGCUGCUGUUGAAAGAAUACUAA